UCUGUGUCUGAGCAAGGUCCAUAGAUGUUGGUUCCCAGGUUGGAACAUUACCUCAUCCAACCUUGCCAGAGACGGGGUAUAUAACGCAAGGCAGAACUGAACCUGGAGAACAGGGAGCUAGCUUGUCUUCAAUAAGGUUAACAUCAGGAAAGGACAUUUGAAGACUUUACAGAAGGCAAAAUGUUGAUGAAAGUAGAAGAUCUGGUGACUGGAAAGAAAAGUACAACCAAAGACACUGGAGAUUUUGUGUCUGGAGAACAUGGAGAAUAUGAAACUUCUGUAACCUUAGAAAAGCAAGAUGACUUGAGGACAACUUCCAAAUCAUUGAUUGAUCAAGAAGAGGAGGAACAAGCAAGACAGAAACAGCUUAAAGCUGAGAUCGUUAAGAAGAAACUAGAUGAACGCCCAAAGCUUGAUAGCUUGGAAGAUCUGCAAGCUAUAAUAAAGCUGAGAAAACAAAAAAAAUGCAAAAAAGUAAGAGUGCUGGUGGUGAAGGAACCGGAACCAGAACCAGUGAUUGAACAUGUGGAUGAAGAGACAUUCUUAAAAGCUGCCCUGGAAAACAAGCUGCCUGUAGUGGAGAAAUACUUGGCUGAUGGUGGUGAUCCAAAUGCCUGUGAUGAGUACAGGCGCACGGCGCUGCACAGAGCAUGCUCAGAAGGACACCUUGCCAUUGUCGAGAAGCUAAUUGAAGCUGGAGCAGAUCUUGGAUUCCGCGACAUGCUUGAAUCCUCAGCAAUUCAUUGGGCCUGCCGUGGUGGAAGUGUUGAUGUUUUAAAAUUACUGCUUAAUAAAGGAGCAAAAAUCAACGCCAAAGACAAGUUGUUGAGCACUCCCCUACACGUUGCGGUGAGAACAGGACAGUAUGACUGCGCAGAACAUCUCAUUGCAUGUGAAGCCGACCUAAAUGCCAAAGAUCGGGAAGGAGACACACCAAUGCAUGACGCAGUGAGACUAAACCGCUACAAGAUGAUAAGACUCUUGAUCCUGUAUGGAGCCAACUUAUCCAUCAAAAAUUGUGCGGGAAAGACACCGAUGGAACUUGUUCUUCAGUGGCAGAAUGGCACAAAAGAGAUAUUCAGUGGCCUCCAGGACAAGUCAUACAAGGGCUCCUCCGAUAUACAGCAGUUCUGACAGAGCGGCCAGACGUCAUCACUCUGAGAAGGCAUUUGCCAGGCACUUUUUCUUGUUUUUGCUACACGCUAUGAGACGGACUAUUCCAUAUUAUUUAUUUGAAACUUCUUGCACUUUUCAAUGUUUUAUUAUAUGUAUUAAUUUAUUGAUGUAUGUUUAGUAGUUCUACAUUACUAUUGCGUUUUAUACUAAAUGCCACGAAGGCAAAAAAUC